GUUCAAGGACUGAACAGUGGGUACCUAAUGUGACUGCCCAGUUCAGCAUUCGGCUCUCCCAUACUGAAGACUAAGGACUGAGUCUGUCACAGGCUCCUGCAGAGCUGGGCUCCUGCCAACGGUGCAAAUAACUGACCAGCUUGUUGGAAGAUGGCAUUUAUUCCUGCUUGAAGCUGCUGUUCUGAAAACAAAUAGUAGAAGAAUGUGGAAGAAUUCAAGCCUCCGCUGCCUUUUAGCUCUAGCUAUUUUAUGUUUAAGAAGCUUAAUAGAUAGCCAGGAGAUAGGUUCCCUGGGGCACGCCCAGAAUUUGAAAUGUGUAACACACAAUUUACGUAAAAUGAUCUGUACUUGGGAUGUCUCUUCUAAAGGAAGACGUGGACAAACUGACUUUUGCUACACUACAAAUGACCUCUCCCCUCCAGUGUGUUUUAAAACUAAGGAGAAAAGGGUUGAGAUUCCAGUCCCAGAGAGCUCCACCACACUGACAAUAACCACAAACAGUGUUUCUGGAACUGCUUUUGCCACCAAAGAAUUUGAAAUUCACAAGAAAGACAUCUCAUUUGUUCCUCUCACUCCACGUAUUCUUAGUUUAACACCUGACUUUUCAACUUCCACAUUAAAUCUGAAGUGGAGCGAUAAUGGAUCAAUCUUCCCAUACGGACUGGAUGCCUUUUGGCAGAUUCAGGUACUCCGUAAAGAAGCAAUGGAAAAAGUCACACAAGUAACUUACUAUUCAAAACUGACUCAUGAAGACAUCGUUCUUUCUUGGAACUGGACAUCAGAUAUGCCUUUGGAGUGUACAUCGCAUUAUGUGAAGAUUCGCUGUUAUUUUAAUGUAACACAGUUUGUUGGCCCCAAGGAUUGGAGUGACUGGAGCCCAGUAGAAGAGGUCCCUGGAAAAGAUACCGAGCCCAGUGGGAGUGGGGUAUUUCCUCAGGACACCGUAGUGGCAGUAGGUUCAGAUGUGACAAUUUGUUGUGUCCAUGAAGAAGGACAGCAGAUACAACGGAUGACUUACGGAUCAGAAAUAUACCCAAUGAUACAUCUGAGCAGUCGGAGCAGUGCAAUCAGAGUGCUAAAUGCCAGUGCUUCAGAUACCAGUGGGACAAAUGUAGUGUGCAUACUGUCCGAAGAUGGGAUGGAUGGAACUGUCUUGUUUGUAGGAUAUGCCCCUGAUAUUCCACAAAACCUCAGCUGUGAAACAUCCAACUUCCUGGUAAUAAAAUGCACCUGGAAACCAGGCAGACCCAGUGGACUAUAUGGAAAACGAAGAACAAACUACAGUUUAUUUGAAAGAAUAUCUGGUAAAAAUGUUUCAUGCGAAAUCAAUGAAAUGAACAGAGAGCGUGUCUGUGGCUUUCCAGUACUGGCUGACCAAAAAACUUACGAUUUCAUAUUAGGCGUCUCCAAUCCUAUCGGACAAACAGAGUCAUCGCUUUUGGUUGAUUUAACUCAAAGAGUUCAUCCAAAAACUCCAGAAAAGUUAACUGUUUCUGGGAACAGCUCUACAAGCGUCCGUCUGCGUUGGUUUAUAAAUGGCAGCUUUGCUGAGAUCAGGCUUCUGUGUCAAAUUGAAAUUAGCAGUGGUCACUAUGAGCGAAAACUGCACAAUGUCUCCAUGCCUGGUGGAAAAUUCUCAACUUACACAGCUCAGCUGAACGCAUUGCACCCAUAUACCAAAUACCAGUUGAGGGUGCGCUGUUCGGCUGCUGACCACUUCUGGAGGUGGAGUGGCUGGAGCAGGAUAGAGGAGCACACAACACUGGAAGCCCCUCCUGCAAGAGGACCAGAUAUCUGGAGAGAGAGAAUUCCUUCUGGAAAAAUUCUAAAAAUCUUCUGGAAGCCUUUAUCCCUUUCUGAAGCCAAUGGAAAAAUAGUGUCUCAUGAAGUGUCCUGCUACCUGCUAGAGACACCACUGGAGUAUAAAGAAGUCACUGAACCCUCAAACAGUACUGAGAUAAAACUUGGAAAAAAUGACUGUGUAAUUAGUGUUGUAGCCAAAAACCAUGCAGGCUCGUCUCCUCCCUCGAGGAUAACGAGCGUGGAACUUCCAAGCGACAAUGUCAAAACAGAUCGGGCCAUGGCAAUGGGGAAUGGAAUUUAUAUUUCUUGGAAUUCUUACCCCAACAUGACCUGUGGCUACAUAGUAAAAUGGUGUCAUUCAUCUGGAUCUGAACCCUGUAGUGUGGACUGGCAGAAAUUUCCUUCAAAUACAACAGAUGCAGUGAUAAAGUCUGCUCUGUUUAGACCUGGUGUGAGAUACAACUUUUCACUAUAUGGCUGCAAAUCCAGUGGAUAUCAGUUAUUGAAAAACAUAACUGGGUAUAUGAAAGAGCUGCCUCCAAAACGUGCACCAAAUUUUACUGUAGAAGAAACCUCUUCAGAUUCUAUAUUGGUAAAAUGGGAAGACAUUCCUAUUGAAGAUUGUCAGGGGUUUUUGGAGGGGUAUCGGCUUUCCUUUGCAAAAGGUGAAAAAGGUGUUUUAAAGCCUAGGCUUUCAGAAUCAGGGAAUCCAGAGCUUAAAGUUAAGAAUAUCACUGACUUAACAAAGAAGUCUUUGAAAAUACUUGAUCUUCAAGGCAAAACAAGUUACCAACUGGACCUGCAAGCCUACACUGCUGGUGGGUUGAGCCCUCCAAACAGCCUCUAUGUGGUGACAAAGGAGGACUCUGUAGGAUUAAUCAUUGCAAUUCUCAUCCCUGUGGCAGUGGUUGUGCUGCUUGGAGUGGUGGCCAGCAUCUUCUGCUACCGAAAGAGGGAAUGGAUUAAAGAAACGUUUUAUCCAGAGAUCCCGAAUCCUGAGAACAGUAAGGCACUACAGUUUCAGAAGAACAUCUGUGAGGGGAAUAAGACACUUAAAACACUGGAAAUGAACCCCUGCACCCCUAAUAGUGUUGAAGUGGUGGAAACACGGUCUGCAGCUCCCAAGAUUGAAGACACAGAGAUGAUGUCCCCGGCAGCAGACACCACUGUGCCUGAAGAUGGCUCUGACUCAGAAACAGAGAACCAUGUGGUUGUGUCCUACUGCCCCCCUAUCAUUGAAGAGGAGAUCUCAAAUCCCCCUAUGGAUGAACCUGUGGGGUCAUCUCAGGUGGUUUACAUUGACAUCCAGUCAAUGUAUCAGCCUCAGAUUAAACCAGAGGAGGAGCCAGAGAUAGACUUAGUGACUACAGCAGGCUAUAAGCCGCAAAUGCAGCUGCCUAUCAGUGCUCUGAAAAUAGAGAGUCGCUCACCUGCAGAGGAAGAAUUGGAUAAAACUGCAGGUUACAGACCUCAAGCAAACAUAAAUGCCUGGAACAUGGACACUCCAGACUCUCCUGGAUCAGCUGAAAGCAACAAUGAAAAUGCAUCUUUUGGGAGCCCAUGCUCCAUUAAUUCCCGACAGUUUCUGCUUCCCCCAAAAGAUGAUGAAGACUCUCCCAAACCUAGUAACAUAGGGUGGUCCUUCACACACUUUUUUCAGAACAAACCAAAUGAUUAACAGUGAGUCCUUGUUGCACCUGAACCUGCCUUCUAAAUAAGCUGUUAUUCCUGAUGUUGUAAAGAAAGGAGGAGGAAAAGUGCAAAAGGCAUGACUUAUUCUUGGAGACAGUCAGCAGAGGUUCUAGUGAGCUAAAUGUUAUGUUUAAGUUAGCGAAAGAUGUUCCAUUUUAAUAGAGGCCGAGAGGCCAAAGUUAUAGCAAUUUAGUUAUUACUCUAGUAAAAUAUCUUGGAUAUAAGGGGUAUUGAGUUUAGAGCUCCUGAUAAUCAUAGUCAAAGAACUCUGUCUACCUUCACAUAGUGCUCCAAGAUUAAUAUGGUCUCAUGCAACUUAUAACUUGGAAAGAUUGCUUUGCUUUGUUGUAGUUGUUCUCAACUGUACAUACUCAAAUGAUGCAGCCCCAACAGGUUUCCUUACUGAAGGUUUCAUUUAUCACAAACCUCAGCCUAACACAUGGAAACAAUGUGGUUGGAAACUGUUGAGAUCUUUUACCUAGUUAUAAACUAAGAACAAAUGAGAGUGCAAUUUUUUUUUUCUUCUCCCAUACAGAAGGGUAUCGUCACUGUUUAACACUUCUGAAGCAAUGGCCAUUCAAAUCUGUUGCUUUUUAACUAGACACUAGUUUCUGUACCUACUGUACAAUGUUUAUUCAAUGUUUGACUCAGGGGUACAAACUUGGGGAAAAAAGUGUAACACUGAUUUAAACCUCAACAAGAACUGCAUAAAGUUUAAUAUUUUUUUUUUUUUUUAAAACUUAGUGCUCUGUAUUUUUUUCUGUCCUUUGGUUAAGGAGUUAAUCUUUCCUAAUGUAUUGCACUAAUGCAUUUUGUAUUUCAUAGCUUCAGCUCCAGAUCUCCUGCUUCAAAGUGGUACUCCAUUCGCUCCCAGUGUUCAGCAGUCUUUGCACUAUACAGUAAUGUAAACCAUGGGGAAACCUCUGUCUACUAACAUUAGCUGUCCAAGCAGUUUGGCACAUGAAAUUAGAGGUAGUAGUAUUAGCUCCUUGAGAACAAAUUGUUCUUUGGAUGGUCUUUAUUGUAUUAGCUUUGCCACCUGCUGCCUGGCUGCUCUCUAGUGUCUACCCAACAGGACCUUCUCUACAAAUCCUGGCUGGGAGUACAAGGUGGGAUUUCUCUAGUGGCAGGGAAAAAUCCAAGGGUGUUUUAGUGCCGCUAAUUCUACCUCUCCUUUACAAGUGACGCAAAGAAAGCUUAAAUGAUGUACAUUUGUGUACUUAAAGGAGUGUUCAGAACAAUCAUCUUUGAAAAUGCUUGUUUUCACAUAUGCAUCUUUAGGCAGCUGUAACAUUUCACUGUGUAAACUUCAGACUGUGGCACACAUGAAUUUCACUAGCUUACAGGAGAAAGUGCUUUCUAACUUACCUGUUCCUUACUGUAAAACACAGUGGUGAGAGGUCAGAUGUUAAAGAGCUUGAUCAAAAAGGGUCUCCAUCAAGUCCUAACUGAAUCUUUUUUUUUAGAUUUCAAUUUCCUUAGCUAUUUUGUGGUUUUUUGAAUAAAUAAGAUGGGGAGUGGUUUUCUAAACAAGAUCCCAAAACAGAUAAGGAGGCUGAAUUGGCUAAGCUGCUAGUUGUAAAUGUGUGAAAGCAGACCAGGGGGAUGGCUAGCUUGGCAGACAUUUGGUCUCCAAACCAUGUGGUCUGGCCAUCAAAAUAAAAACAAACGCCAAGUUAAACCUAAUCACAGCAACAGUGGUGCCGUUUCACAUGUUGGUAUGUUUCUGCCAUCUCCGUAGAAUGAAAAUACAGAGGGAUUUCAAAACUGACAAAAAGGCAAAACACUAAAUGGCAUCCAAAUCAUCAUCAGUAACAACUACCUGUGUGUGCCUCCUGGAAGAGUGAAAUGUGAAGACAGUAAAAAUAGAUCUGUCUGCAGACCUGACAGAGUGCAAGGUGUGUCUGAAAGAAGAGAAAGUGCAGAUAGGAUUCUGAUUUUUGAGGUAGAAUCUUGGAAUUAGCAGAGCUGCGAAUGAAGAGGCAGUGCAAAGAGCUGGUGUGUCUAUCUGUCACCAGAGAUCACCGCGAGAGAAAGUUUCAUGCCUAAUCUAUUACUGCCCAUUAUUCAGAACACUAAACUAAUACAUAAAAGGAAGCAGUUCUGCCCUUUGUGCUUGAUAGCUGGGAGGUGGCUACAUCCUAAUAGUAACAACCCUUCCUCACAAUAUCUCUUUUAGAGCAGAUUACUUUCAUUUAGUGCAGAUUUGGCUUAAUGUGUUUACUCCUAAGAUGAAUUUUAGAUUGUGCUGCCAUAUGCUUUUAGUUGAAAGCAGAAGAUGUCAAGGACAGAGUGUAUGGGUAGUGGUUCGGGUUUUUCAUGGAGCAGUUUCUCAAUGCAGAGGAACAAUCAGUAUUGUAUGGUGAUCCAAACAAAAAAAACCUCUGUAGCAGAAUAGUUGAUCAUGAAGAGUAACUGUGCUUUAAUAUGGCUGUGUAUUGCAAGAAAUAAAACCAAACUGCAGUUUGAGAGGACUAGCAAUUUUUAAUUUGGCAGACUGGAAGCCAGUGCAGCUGCAGAGAACACACAGAGCUCACAGGGAGCAGCCUAACGCCCUUCACAGUGCUCCCACGGUGAAUGACUUAAACACAACUAUCACAUACUCAGGUUUUCCUUUGUGCUGCUCUUCCUAUUCAGUAAAGGCAACAGCAUUUUAAAUUGCUUCAUUUCUUAGUGAUCAGGUAGGGAAAAGGUCCACAAAUACAGAGUCUGCCUUGAUGUUAUGAAAGCACUCUCAUCUAAUUAUCCAUCACUUUUUUUUUUUAAACUUUGACUAUAUAUUUUAUUUGACUGGUGUUCUGACUUCCAGGAUGUAGGGUAGGAGAGUCCUGUUAAUAGCAAUGGCUUACCAUAUGCAUCAUCUUGUAUCAGUAGCAGAAGAGUGGGGCAAAUGGGGGAGAGACACAGGCUUGUGCAGCAUAUGUAGCAUCGUUUACUGUUGCUUAAUGGUUAUGAACCAGUAAGCAGUUUUCAUUCCAGCACUUGAAAGCUCAGCUGCUUCACCUCUGUGGUUUUCUUUGAACCUAUUCAGUGCUGCCAGUGAGGACUCCUUUCAAAUGCCUAUCUUAAAUCUUCAGCAGCGAAUCCAAAUAGCAGAUGGGUAGUGAGAGGGUGUGUGCUAAUUUAGUGACCAUGUGAAGACACCCUAGGUGCAUGGAGCAGUAAGAAUGAGUGGCAAGGACUGUCAGGGAAUGGACUUACUUUUUGAGCCCAAGUGCCAUGUUAAACCAGUGAAGCAUCUUCAGGAAUGUCUUCUUACCAAAUUCGCUUUCAAAGCACGGUGCUGUUUAGCCUCUAAAUGCAUUAUAACAAUUGUAAGACUAAAACUUUGGGCUUCAGAAGGGAAGAGACUCCUUGUUCUAGUGCCUUCAGGCUUUCUGGUGAGCCUCUUCAGUCAAAUUGUUUCUGAAAAAUGUAUUAGGAAACUUGAAGUACUGCAUUUUCUAACCAUUAUUUUCUGAAAGAUCUUAUUCCUUUAUUGAACGUCUAUUUUGUUUUAGUUCUUUUGGCUUUUUGCUUUUUUUCUAAAAGAAUAGAAAGUUCAGCUUUUUUAAAAAACAAAACAAAACAAAAAAACAACUUCCAGAAGGGAUAUGACCAGAAGAGAUUGUGUCCGAAACACUGUUACUCCUAACUCAGUGCUUCAAUCCUCCAGUUGGAUCAGUGUUCAGAGAUGUAGGGUGUUAAUGCCUACAGAAAGCAAUUUCUUUCUGAAGCAAAUCAUCGGUGCUGCUGCUUUUUAUUUUUGAGCCAUGCCUGUCAUAUGUGACAAUUUGGGGGUUGUAAUGGGGUUUUGUACUGUUCACUGUAUGCGUGGAAUAUCAGUCACAUUUGAUGUAACAUCGUGCACUCUCCUAUUUGACACAUUCAUUUUUUUUGUUGUUCUGACAUGCGGGGGGAUCUGGGAUCUUGGUUUUGUGUGUUAAAUUUUGGGAUGAUAAAUCUGCAUGUGAUAUACCUCACAGAACUACUAGUUAAUAUAUCGACAAAAUAGUAAGCUAAUAUUACAGGCAGGCAGUGAAUUACCUCCCCUGCUAUGCAGUGGCUGCAUAGGCAGACUUAGGACCCAAUGACUGACAUUUGCUGUGGUAGCUGUCUUUAUUAUCUGUAGUUGCUGCUUUCAUGGAUAAACCAUUUCCAAAGGGAACCAGUAGCCGUGUUGUCUGGCACGGCACAAUUGGCAAAUGUGACAUGUUUCUUUGUCUUCAGUUUAUGUGGGGGACCAGAGCUUUCCUCUGCUGGGAGCACGGCAGCAGCAAGCUCCUGCUGACCUCGAGUUUUGAGCUGCUGUGAAAAGGCAUGUUCAAGCCGCCUUUUUUUUUUUUUUUUUUUUUGGAUAUGUUCAGCUGGGUAAAGCUUAGGGCUGUGGUGUUUCCUGUGAUCUUGUCAUCCAGGACACUCAGUUGAACGUGAAUAGUAGCAAAAAUGAAGGCAAUUGGAUGCAUUGGAGGGAGAAGGUGUUUAGACAUCACUCUGAAAAGGCAGUGAGAAAUCGUGUGCUCUAUUUUUAGACAAAUAUUGUUUUGUAAAUAGAAUAUUUGUAUACCUACAAGUAGAUAGAAAUAUAGUAAAACAAUUUAAAAUACAUAGGAAAAAUGUAACAUUUAAAGAAACAGAUUGCUAACAAGGCUCUAUGUACCAUAGAUCUAUCAAGAGCUUCCCAUGUAAAUAGCAUCUUCUCUUCCACCACAGACUUUGAUGAAGACUUCAGUGCAAAUGGCAUUAAUAUUUUUAACACUAAGAAAAGUCCUAACCCCUUAUGCACAUAGGUGCUUACAUCAUUAUGUACCUAUGUGUGUAUUGCAGAGGAAGUUGGCUUGCAAUGCCCAAAGCGAUUUUUUCAGAGCCCUGUACUUGAAUAUAUGCCUUCUGAGACACAGUUUCAUCUAGAGGAAACAGCUGCUGUCUGUGCUCCUCCCGACACGCUACACGGAGUUUGUGCUGCUGUGCAUUAAGCAGUGCCAUGCGUGGCUGAUGCUCAGAGAUGCUGUCAGCAGUUUGCAAGAUUUGUUGUUGGCUUUUUCUUGGCCUUUUCCUUAGCAGGCCUGGAAACAUAGUCCCAGACCCCAAAUGCCAGACAGGGAUUCAGAAAUGUUGGAGUGUUUAAAAACUAAUUUCCUCAUGCUUAGGCCUGUCUUAAAUUUUUAAAUAUCUCCUUAGAAGUUGGAAAACAGUUUCUUCCAUAACAAUUUUCUUUCCUCACCUCCCCCAUUUAUAUAACUCUGGAUUUUCCCCAGUGUUUCUAAGAUAGCCAGUGUUUGUUUCCUUUUUGCAUGUUAUGCAAACAAACCUCAGAUGAUACUGGCAGGAGUUUCUGUAACUUUACAAGUUGUCCCAGGGUGCAUGACAUUACUUUUUUCCCCACAAAAAUGUCUAUUAAUUCCUUCUGCUUUUACAACAAAAAAGUCUCCAGAGAACUUUGGUAUUUUGGAGGGCAAGGGCUCAGCAUCCCCAUGCAGGUGAGCUGGUCUAAUGGCAGGGUGCUGCAUGAGAGGAUGGGGUUAAUCCCUCUCCAGUCUCGCCCUCUCCUUGUGCCAGCGCUGCCUGGGUGGUUUUGUGGUGCAGCAGAGCAGCUGGCAUCCUGAUUUUUUAAUGUGAUACCCAAGAGGAUCUCUAGGUAGGUUUUUGGAUGGUCCCAAAUCUGCACUUCGACCGUUGUUACAUGAAAGCAAGCUCCAGUGGAAGUGUAUGCACAACUUCCACGAGAGGGUUCGAUACCUUUGCAACUCAUUUGGUGUCAUGUUGUGCAAAAUGUAGUAAGUAAAACUUACCCAGGGGGACAAAGCAAAAAAUGAAAUAUUCUCAUUUUCAUUAUUUGGGCUGAGAAAAAUUAAAAAAAGAAAUAGCUCAAGCAGGGCAAAGUAAAAUAAAAACUGGUAAGGUCUCACACUUUUUACUAGUAAUACAAUAAAAAAAGAAGCCUUGAACAUCACUUUGUCAAUGUUUCCUUAAUGUGAUUCAAGAGUGGCUUAGGAUGAACAACAUUUUAUGCUUCAUAGCAUGUCUGAAAAGUUUGUAAACCAGGGGAUAGCAAAAAAAAGAAGAUAACUGAAUCGACUCAUGUCUGAAAUCCUACCCGAAGGUAACAGUAAUUUGAACCUUGAUCCUGUUGUGGCGCACAAAACAGUGGAGCUGGUGGAGUCAUACAGGUCACCUGGAAAAAAACAAACAUUGUACUAUAAUGCUGUAACUUUAAAAAUAUAUACUGUGAACAGGUUCAAUGUUUUUUUAGCUCUUUUUAUACCAUAUUUUUUACAGCGUAAAUAAUUUGUUUAGAGAUGGUUUUAUGUUCUGUUUUUACAAAGAUUUUAAUGGACUUUUGUUUAAUACCAGUGAAAAUACUGUUUGCCAAUUUGAAAUAGUCAUCUAUAGAAAUUAAUUCUGAGAAUAAAUCAAUAAACCAAGCUGACAAAAUAGUCUUCCUAACACACUAAAUCUAAUCAGUCAUUUAACAUAUUUCUGUUGCUUAAUGAUACUGAAGUUUUCCAGCUUCCAAAUCCGCUAUUGAAAAAAUAUUUCUUUCACAAUUUAAGCAAAAUCAUCACAAGGCACUUUAAUGAAGUUGUAGCAUACCAAGUAAAAUACUGAUUCAACAAAGUGUAUCAACAUGAAAAUUUAUUAGCUAAGCAGUUAAACAAAUGCAUGCUUGAAAAAGGAAGCGUGGGAUCAUGUUGGGGAAAUAAUAUUCCAGUGUGGCAGAUGACAUUUAAGACUAACCUAACACUUAAGAUACCAACUUUGCAUCCAUUUUAAAACUAGUUUGCUUGGCUGUUGUAACUCCUGUUGUAUUGCUUGGGUGUCUAAAAAUACGCAUGUAUUUAACAAUUUUACCAUAGCAUUGCUGUGGAAUUUAAUAAAUAUAUUUUCUUACACUCUUA